UUUCUUUUCUUCUUCUUCCUUCGCACUUCAUACGAUUUCGGAGUUCUUUCGAGAAGCCGAGUUUAUUUUAUUUUACGAAGUGAAGAAUUUUUUCUUUCUUAUAGAUUAUGAGAAACAAACAAACGGUGUAUGUCUGCCAAAACAUUUGAGUGUUAUAGCCGUAGUGGGUUAUUUUUACCAAAAAGUCCGAUUAACAAAAGUUAAAAAUAAAAAAAGUUUUGAGUUGACUGCGAGGUGAAAAUAUUUUGAUGAAAAGAUGCAGCAUCCUAAAAACGAGAGCAAGAUCCCCAUCCCGCCGAACGUACUGAAGAAUUUCAACGUCUACGACAUUUUGGAACCGCAGAAAAAUACCGCCAAAACUAGUGAUGGGGCCAAGGUCGAUAAACUUAUCGAUAUAGACGAUUGUUCCAAAGAUUCGGGUGUUGCCAGCUUAGAUUUGAAUGCGUCGUUUUUUGACAAAAAUAGGGACUACGAUUUAGUCGAUUUAUUUCAAAAUAUAUUCGUGACUCCGCAACAUAUAAAGCAGAAAGAUACAGAUGGUAAUGAAACUGAUGGUGCUUCGAGUUUCUUGGGUUCAGAUUACGUGGAACAUCCACCCGGUUUUGACCGGUUCCUCGAUAUGUUAGAGUCUGGUGAAAAAAUUGACUGGACUAACUUAGGGCAGGAUAAAACGGAAACAAUUUCUGAUCUGAAACAUGAUUUUAUCGAAGAAACGCCGAGAGUUUUAGUGCCGAAAGUGUUUGACGAACCGGUGAAGGAUCCUGAUGAGUUAGUUCGCGAAGUAUUGUCUCAAAAGACUUUGGAAAGGCUUAGCAGUUCUGUUACUACACCCAGACAGUCGCCUAAACUGCAAUCAGACAGUCCUCAAAAACUUGGCAGUACUGUUCACGCGUCUACACUAAAAUCAGAUAGCCCUAUAAAAAAUAAAAGUGUACCCUUAUCAGAAAUAACCACCGAUUUUUCCCGUUUCAAUUUAAAUAAUACCUUCACCAAUUCAAAAUUCGAAUACGGAAGUAACGAAGUCAAACCACGUCCUGAGCCCAAACCGAGCCCAGUCGACAGUCAAAUCAGCAACUCUUUAACAAGUUUCACCGUAAAAGCCAUUCAGAAAGACGAGAAAGUGUACAAGAAGAAGCGACUGCAGAAACCUGAUCAUUUGAAAGCAAAUUACACUAAAGGACCAGAUUUUUAUGAAAAAUCUGUGGUUUUACCGCAAAUAAUGGCGCGACUAACCGCUCGUUUGGAUUAUUUAGAAGAAAUCGCCAAUCAGAAAAAGAGGUUGAUUUUAGACGGAGGUUCUUCUAAUGGGGCAUGUACUGCUUCUACUCGGGAAGAAGAAAAAACAAAAGCUAGUUACUCAGACCCGCCUUUAAAUGUGCAAACGAAAAUACUCAACAAACCCUCCACUUCGGGCGUUAGUUCUUUAAAAACUCCUGUAGUUAAAGACCCGAGCCUUUGUAAAAUGAGGCGAACUUUUACUGCAGAAAAAGUACUUGGUGCUAGUAGUCAUAGUACUCAAAAGCCUAGUACUUCCGAAAAUAGAGAGUUCGGAAAACUCUCCCCCAUAGUUCUAAUGGAGGAUUGCAACAAAGAGAGGUUGAAAGCGUUCAAACAAAGCCAGAGGUUCAUAGAAUUUGUACUCGAUGGUAAACAUAAACCUUGAUGUUUUGUUUAUGGGGAUCGAAAGAAAAACUUUGAUGUUCUUUUCUUCACGAAAGCGGUUGAGCUAAACUUAUGUGUGUAAACAGUAGGUAUAUGCACGUUGUCUUCGUAUGCGUAAGCUCGGGAGCUCAGUAGUUGCCGAGUCGACGAGUAGACACCAGCAGGCCUAUACGAUUCUGUCAAAUUGUACCAAUCGAACAUUAACCUUCCACUAUCGUGAUAAGGUUGAAAAUUCAUUGAAGAAAUCUGACAGAUUGAGGUAGGUUGAUGUGCGGUCGUCUACACAUUUACACAUAAGUAUAAUUCACCCGCUUUCGUGAGAUAAAACAUUUAUACAGCUCUUGUCAAAAACUACGAAUCUGAAGUAAGUCAUUGGAUGCCUUGCGCCUUGCAACAGUACUUUCAAACUCCGAUCGUUCGAAAAUCGUGUUGUGAAAGAACUGUAAGGCUAUGUUCAUAGUUGGCAAACUUUUAGCAGCCGACUGUUUAGUACUCCGUUCCGGCUCACUUUGCGCAGUUUGUAGUGUUACUUGCGGCGACUGACCAGUAAAUGUCCGUCUGCAUCUAACGUCUUGGCUCACUCAGUCGGCUGAUAAACUGUUUGUCUACUGUAGACACAGCCUUAACCGUUGCACAGCCAUUAGUGACCAUCUUCAGAGCGGUAAAGUUACUUGACGAGAAUUAGGCUAGAGGCUAGUUUCAUUACUUUUACAUAAGAUUAAUUUAUCUGCCGAUUAAUUUUAUAACUAUGUUAUGUUUUCGGUUAUAAAUUCAUUUGGUUGAUAGUUAAUUUUUCAGAAGUGGUACAACUGGCCUAUGUCUUAUUAAGACAAGGGGAGUCGCCCAUUCGUGGCACGGUACGCGAAUAAAAAUGUGACAUAAGUGUAUGGAAAUAAGGUUGAAAUUUAAAAGAUAAUAAUAGUAGUUUUUAUCGACAGUUAAGACGGAAUCAAAUUAAAACUGCGAUUAUUUGA